CGCUACAAAAAAUACUACAAGUCGUUGUUUCUCAGCCUGAUCGACUUGGCAAUCAACGCUUUCAUUAUCUACAAUGCACGUCGCACCGUCGAUGGCAAGAGCAAGGUAUCGCACGUCGCUUUCCUCAAGCAGCUACAUCUGGAGCUCCGUCAGCUCCAACCCAGCGACUGGGAUCAACUGCUGCGCCACCAAGGC